AUGCUUGGCUUCCCGGUCUAUGCUUCCAGUGUAUACUGCAACAUCAAGUUCGACAAUAAGUGGUAUGUAAUGCUGGCCUGUGUCAUACAGGGUGCAUCUUCCGGAUUAUUCUGGCUUACAGAAGGCGCUAUUGUUCUGGCUUAUCCCGAGAAGCAAAAGCGUGGCAAGUAUCUCGCAUACUGGCUUGCUAGUUGGAUUGUUGGCCAGAGGAUUGGGGGUGCAGUGAUCUUUGGUGUCAAUGCGCAUAGGAAAGAGAAGGGUCAUAUCAGUGUUGAAAUGUAUCUUGGUUUCAUUGCUAUUCAGGCUAUUGGGCCUUUUGUGGCGCCUUUGCUCUCGCCUCCUGCCAAGAUGCAACGAUCAGACUAUACCCCGUUGUGCACGGCCUUGGCCUCACUUGUUGCCAGUACCUCGGUUAUAUUCGUGAACUUCUCUCUAGGGUUCUUCCUAGACUGGAGGAGACCCAGUAUCAAUCCGCCGGCAAUAGUUGCUUUUAUUCUGAUUUAUGCAUUCGAGUUAUCACUCUACCUCUAUGCAAUGGUCAUCACAAAAGAGUACGAGAACCGAGACACAAAACCAUUUGACUGGACAGAUGAUGGUUUCGGAAGAUCGGCAUGCGUCUACAUCCUCAUGCUAGUGGGAUUCAACCUCAUGUACGACUACCUCUACUGGGUCGUCGGAACGAUCAACAAGAGUGGAGGGGAAGUGGUUCGGCCCAGCGCAGUGAUACGAGGCAUCGAAAGUGCAAGGCAGGCAAUCUCUUACGGCAUCAAUUCGAUCAAUCAGGACCAAUUUCCUCUAUCAGGAGCCGUUGCGGUCAAUAUGAGCUUUUUUGUGGUUUGUAUCAUUCCAUCUUGGCCUGUUAUUCGGAGGGUUGGUGUGCUUAAUGACCUCAAGGUUCAUUCUAUUGUUCAGGAUGAGGUUGCAGAAGAUCUUUUAGAGGAUACUCUGCGGAGUGAUUCUGAUGUCUAUCGGGCUACACAAAAGAAAGUCCAUGGUUCGGAUGUUAUUGCGACGGCCGAACAUGACGAGAUAAGUCCGAUGCAUUGA